ACCGAGACAUUUUACCAUUCCAGCACUCAACAUGAACGACCCUGAGGUAGCAAAGAAAGGUAUAGGCUUCCUGAGGGAGUGUGCUGUAAACGUAACAACAAUUACUGUGAACACGCCGGCCGUGAGAGACGCUGUGAUCAACACGCAGUACGACGCGGUUGUAUCGGAGUGGUUCUUCUCUGAUACUGAUGCUGGCUACGCAGCAGUACAGCAAGUGCCUUGGCUGAUGCUAGCAGGUUCUACAUACAGUACGAUCUUUGAGGAGAUGGUGGACGAGGUGCGGUCAGUACCAACCGUUCCCAUCUUCAUGAACAACGCAUCAAUACCGAUGACAUUCUUGCAGCGGCUUGCCAACACCGGCUUCCAUACUUUAUUGACUGUCUAUAAUUGGUGGGAGCAGUCAGAUACAACUGAUAGAUACAACGCCUUUUUCGCGCCUCUAGCAGUCGCUCGUGGGGUGCAAUUGACACCGUAUUCAGAAGCAGUGAAUGAUCUGUCGAUACUGUUUGUGAACUCGCAUCCAUCUUUUGCUCCAGCGCAGCCGGUCCCACCCAAUGUAAUCAACGUAGCUGGGUAUCAUAUUCCUGAGGAUAUUGCUCCGCUGCCAAAGGAUCUGCAAGAUAUACUGGACGCAUCGAAUAACGGAGUGGUAUACUUCAGUAUGGGAUCAGUGUUGAAGUCAGCCGGUCUACCGGAGCGCACCCGGCGCGAAUUGAUCAAACUUCUGGGAGAGUUGCCGUACACGGUCUUGUGGAAGUUCGAGGAACAGAUCACAGGAUUGCCCAAGAAUGUACACGUUAGACCCUGGUUUCCACAGCCGAGUGUCUUAGCUCACCCUAACGUGAAGCUGUUCAUCACACACGGUGGUCUCCUCAGCACGAUGGAGUCCCUUCAGUACGGCAUCCCACUCCUGGCCAUACCGAUGUUUGGGGACCAACCUGGUAAUGCGGAGCGAGCUGAACGCAGCGGUUACGCGAGGAAAGUGGUGUUCGGAGACGAUGUUGCUGAUCAACUCAGAGUGGAGCUGAAGGAGAUGCUGAAUACUGAUAGAUACUACAAUCGCGCGAAGUACCUGUCCCGUUUGUUCCGCAACCGCCCGGUGACUCCAAGCAAACUGGUCUCACACUACGUAGAGCUGGCCAUCGAAACUAAAGGUGCGAAACCUAGCGGUGCCCUCUCGUCAGUACGCGUGGUACGCGCGCUCAGACAGGAGUUGGCCUUCAAGCCCUGGCGCCGGUACAACAUUCAGCACGGUUUACAGGUGCCAUCUGUGCUCGACCACUAUCGCAAGAAAACCAGCAAGAAACUGAAGAAACAAUAA